AAUUAAUUAGUUAAUUUAACCAGAUUUAAUUAUGUCUAUAAUUUUCGUGGUGGUGAUGCUCAUAGUACCUGCUUGGUCAUGUGAUCAGAAAAUCAAGGGAGCCUGCUGUUGCUCAAUGAAGCACUAUGGGGAGGUGAUGACUGCUCUGAGAAGGAACCCAGUACAGAGGACUAAAGGGAUAGCAUUCUGGCCAUCGGAGCCAUGCACUAAAGAAAGUGGACGUCACUACGUCUCUACUGUGGCAGUGGUUGAAGAUAAUCACAUCUCCACCUUUAACCAUUUCGUUUUGGAUCAAAGGAUGAAGGUACGUGGUUGCAGGUUAAGCUACACUUGGGAUACACAGUGGACACAGUGCCCCCCUAAAAACUGCACCGUCACUCAUAUACCCCCGGAAUCAAGAUCCACGAUUAAGAUCAAAGUGGAAUGUAGGACGUCCGCUCAGCUUAGUCAAAUAGAUGUGUGUCCUAUCGUCAUCGGAUUCAACGACCCGAAUGUGGAUUACCAGCCAGGGAACCAUUUGCUAAGGUAUCCUGACCAGGGAUAUGAGAUUCAAGAUCUGGCUGUGCAGGAAGAAAAGGAAAGCUCGGAUUGCAGUUUGGUUUCGAGGUGGAUCCCGGAAAGUGCUCGUUCUUCCAUCGCGUCCGGACAACUGGGGCUUUAUAACCGCCGUCGACACACCGUUAACAGAUGCUCCAGAUAUGCUGGACCCAAGAAGGGGUGUCAUUGUUUUCCGACAAAAACGACGGAUAUCCCACUAACUGUUAACAAAGACGAGGUCAGGACAGCCCACGAUUUCGACUUUGAAGAACAUCUGAAGUGUGGUGUCUUUUGUUUUGAUAAUGCUAGGAGGACAAGGAGGAAAAAGAAAAAGAAAAAAAGUUUACAACCUUGA